UCCACAGCAUUAACGAAAGCUACACACAGGGCGGAAUGAACGGAAACCCCGGUACCCCCAGCAUCAUCCUCAGCCCAGCGGAACUGUGGAAACGGCCAGGCUCGACAUGACAGCCCUGGAGCCGGAGAAGACAGACCACCGGCGGCCGCGGCUCAUGGUCCAACCACAGGCGCUGUGGGCUGCGGUUCGCUACGCCGUGCUGGCCGCCCUCUGUGUCUUGUGCUACAGUAAUUCUCUUCACGGGGAAUUGGUGCACGACGAUGUGUGGGCUAUCAUUAACAACCCGGACGUCCGACCGGGGUCCAGCCUUAGGAACAUAUUCAGUAACGAUUUCUGGGGCAAGAGGAUGGCGGACAACACGAGCCACAAAUCCUACAGACCGCUGUGCAUCCUCACCUUCAAGUUGAACAUCCUCUUGGGCGGAAUGGCUCCUCUAUAUUUCCACAUGGUCAAUGUGUGUUUGCACUGUGCUGUGACCUGCCUGCUUCUGCACACAUGUCAAUAUUGUGUGUUUGCAGACUCACGUCUGGCCUUCCUCACAGCACUACUCUUUGCUGUGCACCCUGUCCACACCGAGGCUGUAAGUAUAUGACUGUA